UUUGAUUUCCGCCGGAUCCUCUUAUUAGAGUGAAGCAGACAAUUCAAAACCUCGACGUUUCCAAAACGUCUUCACAAGAAGAAGAAGUGUUGAAACUGAGGUUUUGAACAGAUGUGAACAUGGCAAGUAUAUGUAAUGGCAUCAUUCACAGUGGUGAAAAACCUUACAAAUGUGUUCACUGCGAAAAACAUUUUAAAACGGCAGGAGAUCUACAAGGUCACUUUAGAAUUCACAGUGAUGAAAGACCCUACAACUGUACUCAAUGUGACAAAAGCUUUAGUACUAGAAAGAAACUGAAUAAUCAUGUGCAAAUUCACAGUGACGAGAGACCCUUCAAAUGUACUCAGUGUGGAAAAUGCUUUAAGCAAUCAGCAGGUUUAUGUUCACACUUAAAGACUCACAAUGGCCAGAAACCCUUCAACUGUACUCAAUGUGACAAAUGCUUUAGGACUGCGGGAAAUUUGAAUACUCACGUGCGAAGUCACAGUGGCCAGAAACCCUUCAAAUGUACUCAAUGCGACAAAAGCUUUAGUUCUGUGGGAAAUUUAAAUACUCAUCUGCGAAAGCACAGUGGUGAGAAACCCUUCAAAUGCACUCAAUGUGACAGAUGUUUUAGUCAGUCUGGCAGUUUAAAAUAUCACAUGAUGAUACACAGUGGUGAGAAACCCUUCAGAUGUACUCAAUGUGACAAAAGCUUUAGAAAGUCGGGACAUUUGAAUACUCAUCUGAGAAUUCACAGUGGCGAGAAACCCUUCAAAUGUAUUCAAUGUGACAAAAGCUUUAGAACUGUGGGAAAUUUGAAUACUCACAUGCGAAUUCACAGUGGCGUGAAACCCUUCAGAUGUUCUCAGUGAGACAGAUGUUUUAGUUGAUCUGCCAAUUUGCAACACUACUUGAUGACACAGUGGUGUGGAACCCUUCAAAUGUACACAAUGGGACAAAAGCUUUAGUAAAGUGGGAAAUAGGAAUGCUCACGUGUGAAUUUACAGUGGUGAGAAAGCAUUCAAAUGUAUUUAAUGUGACAAAAGCUUUAAAACUGCCCGAGAUUUGAAUAGGCAGCUGCGAAUACACAUGACGUGGCAAGAAACCCUUAAAGCUUUCUCAGUGUGACAAGUGUUUUAGUUUUAGAACUGUGGGAGAUUUGAAUAGUCACAUGUGAAUUGACCGCGGUAUAUAAGAAACCCAGGUGGGGAACUCCCUUAUGGGGGUGCUCGCCAUACAUUUUAGGGUGUUUAGCCUCAGAAGGUCCACAGUGAGAGCUUUUGCAGUAUCCUUUUGGGUUUGAGCCCAAAAAAUAUUACAGGUGACCAAGUGUUAUUUUAGAAUUGGUACCUCUUAGGGGAGAAAAAAAAUUCUAAGCCACUCACACAAAACAAGAUUUUGGUACCUCCUAGGUGUUCGUUUCAAAAUUUCCGAGGAGCACCCCUAUUCUUUGUAUUUGGAAGGCUCUCCUCCAGGGUGAGAAACCUUUGAAAUGUACCCAAUAUGACGAGUCUUUUACUUGAAAGUCUCUCGUCUUGUCACUUCACAAUGAUUUGCCUGGACACCUAAUGUUGCAAAGGCUUCAAAGAUGGCAGUGGAAUGAAGAGACAGCCGUAAUGAGCUUUCAUUGUUAAAUGUGCGGGGAAUUUUGUCAGAACUGUUGUUGAAUUCUUUACCAUGUGUAUAAAGUAUAACAUGGAAUGUGAAAAUAACUGGUGAUGUCCUGCUACAGUAAAACCGUUGGUAAUUUUGUGGUCUUAGUCAAGUAAAAAGGAGAUCAGUUGCAAUGCAAUGAAAACUGAACCAUCUUUAUGCCUUUGUCAUCAUCAAAAUCAUGGCAGCUUUUACUUUUCUCAUUCUUUAAAGUGGCAUCUUUCUUAGAUCAACUACUUCAGCCACGCCCAGUUGGACUUCUUCCUGUCUGACAUACGGGAGUGCCCCGCCCAUCCAUCAGGCUCAUUUACUAAGUUAAAUUGAGAAUUUCUAGGUGUAAAAGGACUAAAAGGAACUAUUGUGUCUGACAAACCAAGAAUCAAGGUUAUUUGAAGAGUAUGUACUUUAAUACUUUAGUGUGAUAGCGUUCCCACAAACAGAGAAGUUUUGUCAAUCAUAGGGAAUUUAAUCUGUCAAACUAUGUCAGCAGAGUGAAAACUUAGUAAAUGAGCCUGGUGGAUGGGCAGGGCACUCCCAUAUGUCAGACAGGAAGAAGUCCAACUGGACGUGGCUGAAGGAGUAGUUGAUCUAAAAAAGAUGCCACUUUAAAGAAUUAGAACAGUAAAAGCUGCCAUGAUUUUAAUGAUGGCAAAGGCGUAAAGAUGGUUCAGUUUUGAUGACAUUGCAACUGAUCUCCUUUUUAUUCGACUAAGACCACAAAAUCAGCAUGAUGGUAUUUCUUUUUUAUGCUUUUUGUGUUGUUGUUGCUGUUUGCACGCGGCCCUAAAAGAUAACUGAGUUAAGAGGUUUGGAGUUCGUCCUUAACACCGUAAGUGAGACCAAAGUUCGUGAGUUGCACCCCUAAGCGAGACGACGAACGUCCCGUCCCCUACACAUGGGAGUUCCCCCCCCCACCCCCCACCGGUUAAAUGAGACCUUGAUCCUUUCUAGCCUUGAGAUCAAUUGUGAGGAAAGUCCUUUCUUUAAGAAAAGAAAGACUCUAUAGGAAAGGAGAAAACUAACUCGACUCUGGAUUUCUUUAUACGAUAUUUUGACGUUUAGCGUUUUAUUUUUUGGAGAUUGACGCGGUUUAGUUUAUGGAGUAGGAUAACAGUGUAGAUUUAGGGUUUGUUUCGUUAACGUUAAAUGAUCGAUAUUAUAUUUUUCUAAAACCUUCAUCGGAGCAAUGCUUGGGUUCGUUGAAUCGUUCAUUUCAACAUGUUUAAAUUGUCUUGUGUACUGAUGUAUCUUUGUUAGGUUUCAGGAUGUCAUAUUUCUACAAUAUAUAGUAGUGUAUUUCCUCGACAAAGCUAAUGCCAUUGUCGUUAUUAGCCAUCUUGUGUUUCAGUUUUGAUCUCACUGAUGUAUUUUAUGCAGAAGCAGCGUUGUCUACGGAGUUGGGUUCUGUUUCGAAGAGGAAGGUUACUUCCCAAUAUGCGAUAUACAGAUAAACAGAUUAGUAUGGUGAUAUCACAGCAGCUUUAAAUAUUGGCAAAAGCUUAGUAUAAACGACUGACGGAACAAGGCAUAACAUUUUAUCGAUUUUAUAACGUAAUAUGCCACCAUACAGCGUUAAUUGUGUUGAGGUAAUAAAGCUCCCUUUUCUACAAAGUAAACGAUUCCAGUUAGUCCUGAAGCAAGUGUUGUAAAGUAUUGUAUAUUGACCCCGAUUUCUGUUCUUCAGAAGACCGAACCUGGUUCAAAUUUUACACUCCUUGCAUGUACAUAACUUUGCGGUAAUUUUUAAAUUCUGAAUUUUUUUUAUCAUGUAGUCUUAGUCUUUGAUAUCAGCCAAUGGCUGAUGGGGCUACCCUGCCUAAAUAAAGAUGACUUGACUUCACUUGACUUGUUAGAACUUUUCAGCUGAAAGGCCGUUGUUUAUGAAUGUUGAUAGGUCGCAACAUGUUAACUUUCUCUUCCAGCCUAGUGAAUUGCCAUACUGCCUUUUCUAGCUAGCUUAGAAGUGCCUGAAGAACAGCUUCGCUUUGUUCACUAUUGAUUUUGCUACUUUUUCUUAACAAUAAUACAAAGCCAUAUAAAAAUAAUAUUCUUUUCCUUUACUUUUGCAUCUUUAGGUCAUGUCCGUAAAUUCUAAAAAGCUUGACCGUAAACCUUUCACAUUCAGCCUUUUGCCUCGCUACCUAUGGAACAGUCAUCCACCCAGAAAAAGGCUGUAGUGAGUUCUGGACUCACACAGCCAGCAAACUACGAGUCCUAGGCCCAAGAGUGUGAUUCCCAGAUCUAUGAACAUGUGUCCGGUACCCAUAGGGACAAAUAGGAUGUAGACACAAGGUGGCCAUUUGGUGUCCUUGAAGACCAGGGAAGACGAAAGAGCGCAGUAUUUUGAAAAUUUUCGUACAGAUUUUACAAUGCAUGAAAUUGGCGUCCCUAUUGUACAACAGCCACGUGCACUUUUUAGCCACGGCUAGAAAAUGUUUCGUCCUUUGGGGCUGGAAGGAGUUACCCGGCCUACGAUUGAAAAAGUUGGGUGUGAACUGAUUACUGACCAACUUUCUACAAAAGUCAGGCCAAACAAACGGUAUAAGACUGGUAGAAAUUCAGUAGGAAUGAGCAAAAAACGCAUACGAUUCGUGACACUGCCGAAAAGUUGUAUAUAAGGCUAAAAUGCUCUGAAAAGUGUCAAAUUUGUCCUGAUAAAGUAAACGUUUCGGGCUUAGCCCUUCUUCGGUAGGUGGAUUUAGCCACGCCAUACAAAAAAACUUGGCUCCGAGGCUUAGGGGAAUAAAACAAAAGAAAUCGCAUCGAGGACGAGGGAUGAAUAAUUAAUUUCUUUUAAGUUAGAAUUUUAAUAUAACGGAAUUGACCUAUCGAAGUUAAUGUUUACUCCGUUCGGUCGAAGCGUGCCCAGCUUGAAGAUUAAUCUCAUUUUAUGCUGCUUGCGGCUGAUGUUAUUGCCAGAGCACUGUUUCAAGCCACAGACUAUGAUGUCAUCCAGAGUGUGGGAGGCGGAGUUGAAAUGUUCAGCUACGGGAAACCCGCGCGAUCGGUUUCGAAUGCUGCGAAGGUGAUCGCUGAAACGUUCCCUAGUCGCUUUCCAGUCUCUCCGAUGUAUAGACAAUUGCAGCGACGACAAGAAAUGCAAUACACAGCAUUCUCAGACUGACAGGUGAAGUGAUCACGGAUGUUAUGUGCACUCAUCGGGCCUUGUAGAAAAGUCUGAGAAGUUAUGCGCUUGCACGUCUGGCAUCGAGACCGUCGGUAGGGCUCUGAACCGGCAUCAGUGGGAGACGGCGAGGCAUCAGCGGAGUGUACGAGGAUAUCACCGAGGUAUAGCUCACGCCGAUAUGAUACCAGCGGAGGUUCGGGGAAAAUCCUGCGUGCCUUGGGUUGGAGGACAAGAUGUUGAAAUUGUCAAGCAAGAUCCGUCUGGUGCUGACGUUGAAUGGAUUAUACGUUAAUACCAAUGGGACUUUGUUAUAGUGCUUUCAUUGUGGCUUGUUGAAGAAGGGCUAAGCCCGAAACGUUCAGUUUAUCAGAACAAAUUUGACACUUUUCAGAGCAUUUUAGCCUUAUAGAAGACUGAUAGAGCAGAUCUAGAUGGCGCGGGCUUUGACAUUCAUUCAGCUAUUGGAAAGCUCCCUGCCCCAAAAAGAGGUUGGACUUUACCCGAGCACAAUUACACCGCCCAUACAAUCCUCUCGAACAGCAAUUAAAAUACAAUCCAGAAACAGGAAAAGUCAUUGAAAUAUACUUAGUAUCAACAAUCAACUGGCCCUACUGACGAGGUAUUUUAUGUUUCUAACAUUUUACAAUGGUAUUUUUUAAGCGUGUGAAGAGUGUAGCAUUACGCAAACGUUUUGCCCCAAGCUUCACAAAGAUAAUCUUCAAAAAAACCACACACUUGGUGACUUUUUAAACGUCUUGCCGUCAAUAGAAGGGCAUUUUUUUCGCCGUCUUCCUUAAUCUCCUCUUCUCGGAGUGUCAGUUCUUCGCGAAGAUGUUGGUUGAUCAUCAACCAACAUCUUCGCGAUUGAUCUUCGGAUUGAUUCAGCAAUGCUUUGUGUAUAACAGAUUCUCCUCGUUUCUCGCUAACUUAUAUACCACAUUUGUUUCAAUAGAAAUUUUGUGGUGCGUGUGGCGAAAAAAAAAAUCGCGUGACUCGCGUUAUAUCAAAUAAGUAGUAAGUGAAGGUGUGAAUGAAUAAUGUUUUUUUUUUUCUUUCAGUCAGCUAAUAAAAGCUCGCCGAGGAGAUGACUGAAAAAAACGUUAUUCAUUCAACCCUUCACCUUCUACUCACGAAAUUACUCUAUCCUUUAUAACGGUCACCAUAUUGAAAAGAAAAGACUGUUUGCGAUAUGAUAUAACAUGUCCAGUUUGGUCGGAGUAGUUUUCUACCAAAAAACCUUCAAUUUUUAAGCUAAUUCCACUAUUAUGUCAUUUUAAAAAAAAUCCACCCAUACUGAUAUCAGUUGUUCAAGUUAUGAAAGAGAUUUCGCACCUUUUCCGACGUCUUAGCAAAAAUAGACAAGUAAGACUCGCAUCCUAAGUCCGCAUCAACAGCAGAUAGUACAAUAAUUAUUCCUUCGCCUUUUUUGUUGAUGCCAUUUGCCUUCUCCACCAACUUUUUCGCUGUGGUUUUGUGCUUGUUGUAGCAGAAAAUAGCUGAAUGCUUCGAGCCAAAAUCUAAAGCCAUGUGACGAGCCAGUAGUAAAUGUGUGGUGUCGCCGCCAAUUCGUGGGUUUAAGUCGUCCAUGAUCUGUAAUUAAAACCUCAUAGGUGACCAGACCAAAGUAGCCUCGUUCUUGAAGGUAGUUCUUAAUUGGUAAAGUGAACUCUUCGAACGCAAUGUGUUCAUACAUCUCUUGUUUGCCCCAGUCCACCGCUCCCCUUUCCCAGGAAAACCCACAAAAUCCGCCGGUUGUUGUGCCGCGACCCAGAAGAGUUCCCCCGAUUUUUGCAGAUAAAAUUGAAAACUGGGCACUUCUUUGACCCCAGGGAUAAAUUCUUGGAACACAAUCUCUCCCUUCCAGCCACUUACUUCUCUGAGUUUUUGCAAAGUGGCGGACAAUUCGCCCUCAUUCAUAACGACCCAGUUUCCAAGGCCGCCGCUGCUCAUGUUGACUUUAACCAUACAAGGAUAAGAAAUGGCGUUGGCAUUGGCAUUGGUGCUUUAAUGUUAGGAAUCGAGCUUUUGAGUUGUACCUCGUACAAAACAUCCGGAUUUACGCUGUGUUUGUGCUUUGGGAUGUCUUGGAACGCCGCUGUUGUCACGACUGGAAAAUCAUCCUGCAGUCCUACGUCCAGUGACUUGAUAACUACGGGAGGGAAAGCGGGAAGCCAUUGUUUCCAAUGCUGUUUCAGGUAAGAUUCUGGUUUACACUCCGUGAUAAUUGGAAUUUCAUUCCCCGCUGCGGGAAGAUGACGAAAUGGCGACAAGAGACGAUCAUAGUACAGAGGAGAAGGCGGACUGUCAUACACCCAGUAUUUUCUAUCGUUCAAGAAUCUGUAUUCCUUGGAAUUCGACGACGGUGUUUGUGGAAGUAAACAAACUUCCUUUAAGCACCUCUGAAUGAGCCUUCCAAUAGUGACAACGUUUUUAGAAGACAUCAUGACAAACCAGGCUAGAUCCCUAUUUACCAUAAAACAUCAUCAUAACUUGUACAGCCAGCGGUUCUGAUUCUGUGACGGUAACUGUCAUUAGCUCAAGGCUGAUGUAAGUGAUUGUUAUGACUAAUCCGUAUUUCAAGAGAAUUAACGUGGGCAGGACAAAAAUGGUAACUGAGCUCUACACGAAAAGGCUCGUACGAGGAAGGCCGAAAGCUCUUAGUAUGAAAUAUGUUUCUAGUUCGGCGAUGUU